UAUGUGUGAAAAACGAUCAUAUAGAUCCUCUUUUUCAGUGCCGUUGUGACUAUGACUGGUCACUAAACGAACGGCUGCAAGUCGAGGACCAACUGUCCUUCGUUCUUCCUUGCCUCCUUUAAAAUUAUUCUUGCUCGCGCCCCCUCGUCCUCGUAACUUGCCUCCUUCACCGCUUCGCGCGCCAAACCACGAUGGUUCUUUUUUUCCAUCAAGGUCUACCGUUCCAGAGAAGGAUGGUUUUCCCGGUUAACCGUGGGUUGGCGGGGUUGCCUUAGCGCAGCCGAACCAAGGACGGGGUCGAAGCGGGGUCUCCCGCGGUGGAUGCAAAUCGGGGGCCGCGGACCAAGCGCGAACCGGGGCGCGGAGGGCCAGCGGCGCCUUCCUCCCCACCGGCGCGCAAAGGCGGCGGGGCGCAGUGCCGCGCUCCCUCUGGGCGCUAGAGGUCUCUGCGCGCUCGCCUCCUCGCUGGCGGGCCGGGCGCGGCCAUUGUUGCUCCGUCCUUCCUCCCAGCGGGGCUGUCGUCGUCGUCCUCCUCCUCCAUCGCGCCAGCCCAGCCGUCGGAGAGACCCCGGGGAAGGCGCCCCGCUGGGGAUGGAGGGGGAGAGCACGACGGCGCUGCUGCCGGGCUUCCUCUUCGGCGCCCUCGCUUUCCACCACCUCAGCACCGACUCAGAUUCGGAAGGUUUUCUUCUUGGAGAUGUGAAAGGUGAAGCCAAAAACAGCAUUACCGACUCUCAGAUGGAUGAUGUUGAGGUUGUGUAUACAAUUGAUAUACAAAAGCACAUUCCAUGUUAUCAACUCUUCAGCUUUUACAACGCUGCUGGAGAACUGAAUAAACCAACACUGAAGAAAAUAUUGUCAGGGUGCAAAAAGAAUGUGAUAGGUUGGUACAAGCUCAGGCGUAAUACUGAUCAGACAAUGACGUUUAGAGAACAGCUUCUUCACCAGCGCUUACAGUCACACUUAUCAAACCAGGGUCUUGUGUUCCUGUUACUCACUUCCAACGUAACCUCUUCAAGUUCAGCCACUUACAAAUUUGAAUAUGCCUUACAUAAGCCACAAGAAGGACUUUUUCAGAGAGUGCCCUUAGUUGUAGCCAAUCUAGGAAUGGCAGAACAGCAAGGUUAUCGAACUGUGUCCGGUUCCUGUAUCUCUUCGGGCCUUUAUAAAGUGAUCGCAGAACACAGGUCAGAAUUCUUUAAUGAAGAUGGGUCUCUAAAAGAGGUUCAUAAGAUUAAUGAAAUGUAUUCUACUUUGCAGACAGAACUAAAGAAUCUGUGCAGUAAAGUAGUGGAUAGUGAAAAAUCAGUAGAAAAUUUGUUAUCACAAAUAGAUCAGCUGAGGCAAGAAAUAAGAAGCAAAAAAGAACAAAAGAAAACUACAGAAAAAGAUAGAAAUUACUUGGAGGAGCCAAAAGAGAAUCUUUUUCUCUGUCAAGCUAUGCAGCACUUUUUCCCAAAUUCUGGGCUGCAGACAAGCAUGGUUACUUUAAAAGGAAGGCAGAUUCCUAAGCAGGAAUGCACAGCUGACCACAACAUCAAAAUCACGGACCAGUUAACUUUAAUGAUCAAAGAAAGUAAUUUCCCUGAAGCAGAAACGAGGCAGACAACGAAGCGAAAAGCUAUUGUGAACACAAGCGGGCCAAAGACAUGCAAAAGACUGCGAUCUUUCUACCUUAAUCAAAAACUAUUUCAGGAAGACCAGGAAAAUAAUGACCAAGAAUUAAACGUUAGGAGUAACACCAAAGCAACUGAAGAUGUGACCCCCUGAUGGGCAUACACUGCCUUCAACUCUUUAAUCCCUUCCAGUGGCAAAGAGUUUUUGUUGUUGUUGUUGUUAUUCUCAUCUCAUUGCUGCUACUUAUGUUAUUAGCACUCUUCAUUAAUACAUGGAAUACUUGAGUCAAUGUUUUGGAAAUAAAACAUCGCCCUUUUAAAUCAGCAUCAUUCUUACAACCUGGAACAAGUUUCAGGUUGCUUUUCCUCACUAAAUCUUAAAUUGCUUAACUCUCUUAAAGAGCACAGCAGAAAAGAGCAAAGUCAAAGAACCUAUCUGUUGUUUUUAAUAAGAACAAUAUUAAGAAUGCAAUGGUACUUUCUUUAAAUAUCAAAGCUGGCUUUGAAGUGAAGCCUUGGCCCUACAAUCAAAACACUGCAGUGAAAAAGAAAACCUAGAAAACCUAAGAAUUCUAUUCCCAAUUAUCACUUUACAUUCUGUUUUAAUACUUAGAAUUUCUACAGCCUUGUUACGUAUUUGAACUAAAAUGUGUAAGUAAAAUUGAAUUUGAGAGGAAUGAGCCCCAGUGAUGCUAAUUCAAAUUAGAAUUACAGUAUCCUUAGGUGAAAAGGUUGAUUUUCUAUCCUGUAUAUGAAGCAACAGUUGUUGUUCAAAAGGCCCCAUAUAGCAGUGGUGGCAAACCUGUGGCACGCGUGCCAGAGGUGGCACUCGGGGCCCUCUCUGUGGGCACGUGCACCGUUGCCCCAGCCCCAUCUUCUCCCGUGGCCCCCUCCUCACCAGCAGCCCCCCCCCCAGAGAGUCACCCCAGGGCACGGCCCAUGGGAAGCAGCGCAGCCAAGGACAUCGUAGCAAGGCAGCAGGGACAAGACUCCGCUCUUGCGCCCUGUCGCACGCAGAUGAUGCUUUGGGGCACGGGCAGACGUCGUAGCCUCCAUGACGCUGCAGGGCUGCCUGGGUGAUGUGUGGUGGGCCAUGGAGGUGGUGGGUGGCCCAGCGGGCAGGGCAGAGCAGGGACGGGGGGCGGUUUUUGGGCACUCAGUCUCUAAAAGGUUCGCCAUCACUGCCAUAUAGGUUGAAGCAAUCAGAUAUUCACUAUAGAGACACAUCUUUCUCCUUAUAGUGCUAUAUUUGAGGACACAAUUCGUUUUUUACUCACUAUACAAUAUGAAAUAAUAGGCUUCUCAUGGACAUAUUGAUAGCUUGUUUAUUAACAUUCUAAUAAACAUAGUUACAAAAAAUAGGUUAACCAUGAUUGAUACAAUUUAUUCUGGAUAUUUAAUAUUACAUAAUUUGGGGUCAUUGCGAAACAAUGGGUCCUUAUGCAUAACCGACAUAAAUCCUGUAACAGAAUAAUUGAGUUUUACAAACAAUAUUUUUAUAAAUCAUCCAAAUGUAUGACUAUUUUAUAAUACUUACCCAUGCGAUGGGCUCUUUUAAUAGCUUUUGCUAUUUGUUUUUGUUUCUUUGUACAUAAGCCUAAGAAGCAAACAAAUAGUAAUUUCAAAAAUUAUUCCAAUAAUACUAAUUGCUCAAUUUCCUUUGAGCCUUUGUUUCAAAAA